AUGUCCAUGGCCCCCACAGCACCCCUCCUGCCCCCCAUGGACGGCAGGUCUGGCACCUCCAGCACAGGACUCAUGGAGGGGAGCUCUCCCGCUGAGGCAUGGUGUGUACCGCGACCCCCCAAGCAGCACAGCCAGAGUGGCAGCCGGACCCCUGUCCUGCUGGAGUGCCCUGAGGCCAUCCAUGGCCCUCACACCGUCCUGGAGAGUAAGGUGAAGGCGCUGAAGGAGAAGCGGGGUGGCGGCAGGCCAGGGACCCCUGCAGCCACCCCUGAGCGCCCCUCGCCCAAGAAACCCCGGCCCUGGCGGGGGAAGCCAGGGGUGGAGCCACAGACUCAACUACGAACCUACCUGACAGAUGGGCUGCUGGAUGGUGGGGAGCCUGUGGAUGGUAGCCCCCCAGCACCCUGCCCUGGCACCCCAGGGCUCUGGCGGGUGCCGGCACACAGGAGAGAUAUGCUGGGAGGCACUGAGCUCCUACAGGACAAGGACAGCAGGUCCCGGUGCUCUGCCUCCCUCCAUGAGAGACACUUCUUGGAUGAAGAGGCACGGACCCCGCCAUGGGACCAGAGGGGUCCCUCUGUGUCCCGCCCUGCAGCAGAGGGCUGGGAGAGGCUCUCGUUGUCCGAGCGGGUAGAGAGGAACCGGCAGCUGCUGCAGGAGGUGCUGGGCCUUGCUGCUCCUGAGAUGCCGGCUAGUGACGGCGACUGGGACUCGGGGGUCUCACUGCAGGACACUGAGGGCUGCAGGGCCUUUGUCCCUGGGCAGGAGCUCGAGCUGAGUCCGCGGCAUGAGCAGGCCAAGCAGCUGCUGCAGCGCGCCCGCAUGAAGGCUCAGAUGAACCCCCUGCGUGCCAGCCACGACAUCUUCCUCCCCACCGCCCUCCCGCACCCCAGAGAGCCCAGCGGAAGGCCGAGCGUUGCCUUGCGGGACGGCGGGAGCCUGAGUGACUCGUCCAGCGGGGAGUCGAGCUGCGGGCGGCCGCGGCGGCCGCGGGGACCGUCCCCAUCCCGCGUCCGCUUCGAGGACGAGUCGGCCCGCGACGCCGAGGUGCGGUACCUGGAGCGGCUGCAGCUGCGGCACCGGCGGGCGCUGGGCUCGGCGCUCUCCUCCCCGGAGGCGGCCGGCAGCAGGCAGCCGGGGGACGGGGCCGGCCAGCCCAGAGCCCGGAGCGGCGACCUCGUGGCCGGGGGCAAGUGCAGCGCCUGCGGUUCCUUCCUCGGUGCUGCCGUCAGCCGGGGCACGGACGCACAAGCUGCCACCAACGUGGCCAAAAGCAGCCCUGCGGCACAAAGAAGCAUCCCGAGGGAUAGCAAGGGGCCGAGCGCUGCCCAGACGGAGCCCAAAAUCAGGCCCCUGGGCCCCGGAGGGUCCCCACUGUGGAUCCUCCCCUCCCGGCAGCGCAUCCACACCGAGAAGAUCAAGGAGACGUACAUCGGGGACGUCACCUACAUCGACGAGGUGGACUCGGCCCUGGAGAGCACCGACACCUCUGACGGCUGCCGGACGGACAGUGAGGAGGCGGGACCCCGCAGCUCCCACCUGCGGGGGCACCGAGACCCCCGGACUCGCGGGCACAGAGCCCCCCGUGCCACCCCACCGCCGGAGAUGAGGGCUAGGAAGGGGACGUGUGUGGCCAGCGGUGGCCCCCGGGCAGAGGACAGGGGGAGCUUAGGUGGUGCCACAAACCAAGUGGGAGCUGUUUGCCCCCUGCCGCCGGGGAGAGCCAGUAGCCAGGAGGAUGCAGAACCACAUCGGUAUCUGGGGGACAGCAAAGGGGCAGGGAGCACCACUCAUCCCCCACAGCAACCCAGUGAGCCCCUGGACCCUUCCUCUCAGCUGAGGACCAGCACAUCCAUUCCAGGCACCCACCUCCCUGCUCCCCCCCCCACCAAGAAGACCUGCUCCCAGGUGCCUUGUAGGAAAGCCCUCUUCUCCAGUGGCAGCCGCCGUGCAUCGAACCAAGGAUCCCGAGGCCCAGAGCUGGAUACUGGCAGAGCUGCCUCCCCCCAGCCUGGGGGCACAGAGGGGCAGAAAAGUCCCUGCAGCCCCAGAUGGCUCCCAGGGAGCCCCCUCCGUGCCUUAUCCACCAACAACUGCAACAACACCCAUGGGCAGGAUGCCCCGGGGACAGCCAGAGGGGCAGCGUCACACCCCACCACCGGCCCUGCCACCCCUAUACCCCAGGAGGCUGCUCGUCCCCCUGGAGAAGGUGCUGGGACACCUGGAGGGCGGCAGCAGCAGCAGCAGUGGUGCCCGGCUGGGAGCACAGCACAUGGGGAGCCGGGCCGGCCAGCGAGCCGCAAGGGCAGCAGUGCUUCGUCACUGGGGCUGAAGAAGCUUCUGUGCAGCCUGAGCCAGAGCACCAAGGAGCGCCUGGGCCGCUUCCGCUGCUACAGCAUGGAGCAGCUCCCGGCCCCCAGUGGCUCCCCCCGAGGGGGCCCUGGCAUGAAGAAGUCACCCUCCCUGCAGUCCCUGCAGCUGGUGUCACCCUUCUGCCAGCCCCAAAAAGCCUCCUCUAUCCAGAGCCUGCAUCCCCUCCUGGGCAAGGCACCCCGUGCCAGCGCCUACCUCCCGCUCCAGACCACGGCUGACAGGAAGGGGGGCUCAGAGCUGUGGCGCUCGCUGAGCGUGGAGGACAUCGGGGCACCCAGCCAGCUACGCGCGGUGGGACAUGUGGUGGAGGUGUUCCCUGAUGGCACCAGCCAGCUGGAGCUGCAGCGACCCCCCAACAGUGCCUUCGGGUUCUCUGUCACCUCCGGCUAUGGCCGGCCUGACACAGGUGUGUACGUGCAGGAGAUGGCAGAUGCUGGCACGGCCAAGCUGUACGCGGGGCUCCUGGGCGUGGGGGAUGAGAUCCUGCAGGUCAACGGCGCGGCUGUGUCGGGGCUGGGGCUGCCCCGCAUCCGUGAGAUGCUGCUCCAGGCGGACACCCUCUCCCUUCGGGUGCUCCGCCACCGCCCGCUACCACGGUAGCCCCAGCAUGGCUUCUGCAAUGGCCAGCGUGAGGAGGAGGAGAUCCCAACGAAGUCCCAGGAUGCUGCAGGAUGGCACAGGAUGGACGAGGUUGCCUCGUGGCGCCAGGGCCUGCCCUGCUCCAAGUGCAGUACUUGGCUCACUGCUGCAAUGGGGGCAGGUGGCUUUCCCAGCCCCCACCUCCUGGAGACAGACAGGAAUCAAGGACCCCCCCCAGACAGUGUCUGAUGUCUCCAGAAGCUGCCCCUAAUGUGGGAACAGGGAACAGCCCAGCCCUGACAGAGCCAGGCAGGUCUGUCCUGUUGGGCACUGGGGUGACCAGUGUGGGGAUGCCCCAUCUCUGUGAUCCCAGGAGACAUGGGGCUCCCUGCCAGCACUGCCAACAUGCACUCACAGGCUGGUGAGGUUCUUUUAAAUUAUUUUAAACUGAAACCCAAAAAUAUAUCUCUGGAAUAAUGAAA